GUGCCGCGCGGGAACGCAUAACAACACAUCUCUAAAUUAAAAAAGUAAUGAGCCGCUCAAACAAAUUGUUUGGCGAUAAAGCCUUCGAAUUGCUAAAGGACCUAGAAAGAUCCUCCCAAACCAUUCCAGCUUUUGAUGACGAUGGAGUGCGCCAAGUACUUGAGGAGAUAAAGGCAAUUUUCGAGGAGAACGUCGCUCAGGCAUCCAGCUACAACAGCUCGGGCGAUCGGAGUUUGUGGCCGCUGUUAAAUUAUAGGCAUGCGGCGUUGCAGCGGAACAAACGUUGUUUACUGGCUUACUUAUACGAGCGCAGUAAACGUAUCAAAACGCUACGCUGGGAAUUUGGACCAAUUAUCCCUGGUGAUAUUAAGCAGGCCUUGUGCGAGCCGGAGGUUCAGUUUUUCAACAACUACUCCAAGUCGUUGGCGGCUUACAUGUGCAACGCUGGCUGCAGCCAGGGGCAGGGUAUAGAUCUGACAAAUAAUCUACACCCUCCCAAAUCUCUGUACAUUGAGGUGCGCUGCAUGGAGGACUAUGGAAAAUUCGAACUUGAUGAUGGAGAGCUCAUACAUCUGAAGAAGAACAGUCAGCACUAUCUGCCGCGGGCCCAGGUGGAGUCUCUUGUUCGGCAGGGCAUACUGCAGCACAUUUCUUAAUGGACUGGCCACUCUGUCA